ACGGGUUUCAUUCCCACUCGAGUGCAAUUCGUGAGCGGUCGUUCUCUCCUCUCUCUCUCUCUCGCAAGAAGCAAACUUUGUGCGCGCAUGCGUCUCGUCUCAGAAAAACCUGCAAUCAGAAAUCUCGAAUCGUGAAAAUCCUUUUCUGCCAUACCAAAAAUAGAGCCGGACAAAGCAAAGCGUUCGAUUGCCUUCUGCUUAUUUCGAGCAGGGUAAAACAUAAAGGAAAAUACAAAAGUUAAUUACACCGCCCCCCAAAAAUCAACCGUGAUUUGUUUACGUUUUUUUCUUCACUUUUUUUUUGCAUUGUGUGAGUGUGAAUCGAAGAAGAAGUUAAAUUGCUGGCCAAAAUAUUCCAGAUAUUCCUAGAUAUAUUCGAAAUUCGAAUUGGCGAAGUGAAGGGUGUGACGACAGACGCACACACACACACACACAGGCACACGCACACGAACGCACUGAAAAAACACCGGCUAAAAGGCAGACGAAAAGGAGACGAGAGAGCGAGUGCUAAAUAGAAAACGCAAAAACAGGAUAAUAAGCAACAAACUAAUACUAUAAAACAAGCGACUAAGUGACAUCUCGAUCUCGCCGAGAAGUAGUAGCAGCAGCAACAACAACAACAGCAAUAACAGCGCCGACAACAACAUCACCAGCAGCGGCAACAACAACAACGAGAGCAGCGAAGAGCAAAGAGCCAAAAAGAAGGAGCAGCAAAAGCAAAGAAACCAUAAAGUUCGUUCUUCCUCUCAAAAGAAGCCGGAAUCCGGAGACAGCCACAAGAUUGCUCCCAUCAGCACCAUGAACGGCCAGGGCUGCGAGCUGGGCCACAGCAACGGGGACAUCAUCUCACAGAACCAACAGAAGGGAUGGUGGACCAUCGGCCUGAUCAACGGCCAGCACAAGUACAUGACCGCGGAGACCUUUGGGUUCAAGCUCAACGCCAAUGGCGCCAGUCUGAAGAAGAAGCAGCUGUGGACGCUGGAACCCUCGAACACCGGUGAAAGUAUUAUCUACUUACGAUCUCAUCUGAACAAGUACCUUUCGGUCGAUCAGUUUGGCAACGUGCUGUGCGAGAGCGAGGAGCGGGACGCGGGCAGCCGCUUCCAGAUCAGCAUCAGUGAGGAUGGCAGCGGUCGCUGGGCGCUGAAGAACGAGUCGCGCGGCUAUUUCCUCGGCGGCACUCCGGACAAACUGGUCUGCACGGCCAAAACGCCCGGCGCCAGUGAGUUCUGGACGGUCCAUUUGGCUGCCCGGCCGCAGGUGAAUCUGCGUUCCAUUGGACGCAAGCGGUUCGCUCAUCUCUCGGAGUCGCAGGAUGAGAUCCAUGUGGAUGCCAACAUUCCGUGGGGCGAGGAUACGCUCUUUACGCUGGAGUUCCGUGCCGAGGAGGGCGGUCGUUAUGCCCUGCACACGUGCAACAACAAAUAUCUGAACGCCAAUGGCAAACUGCAGGUGGUUUGCAACGAGGACUGUCUGUUUAGCGCCGAAUAUCAUGGCGGUCAUCUGGCGCUGCGCGAUCGUCAGGGUCAAUACUUGUCGCCCAUUGGCUCCAAGGCGGUCCUAAAGUCCCGCUCGUCGUCGGUGACACGGGAUGAGCUUUUCUCGCUGGAGGAUUCGCUGCCCCAGGCCUCCUUCAUUGCGGGCCUCAAUUUGCGAUAUGUGAGCGUUAAGCAGGGCGUCGAUGUGACGGCCAACCAGGAUGAGGUGGGCGAGAACGAGACGUUCCAGCUGGAGUACGACUGGUCGGCACACCGCUGGGCCCUGCGCACCACCCAGGAUCGCUACUGGUGCCUGUCGGCUGGCGGCGGCAUCCAGGCCACCGGCAAUCGGCGCUGCGCCGAUGCCCUCUUCGAGCUUAUCUGGCACGGCGACGGAUCGCUCUCGUUCCGGGCCAACAAUGGCAAAUUCUUGGCCACCAAGCGUUCGGGGCAUCUGUUCGCCACCUCGGAGUCCAUCGAGGAGAUAGCCAAGUUCUACUUCUAUUUGAUCAAUAGACCAAUUCUUGUGCUGAAGUGCGAGCAGGGAUUCGUGGGCUAUCGCACACCCGGCAACCUGAAGCUGGAGUGCAACAAAGCCACCUAUGAGACCAUUCUGGUGGAGCGCGCCCAAAAGGGACUGGUGCAUCUGAAGGCGCACAGCGGCAAGUACUGGCGCAUCGAGGGCGAGAGCAUCUCGGUGGAUGCCGAUGCGCCCAGCGAUGGAUUCUUCCUGGAGCUUCGUGAGCCGACCAGGAUCUGCAUAAGAUCGCAGCAGGGCAAGUAUCUGGGCGCCACAAAGAACGGGGCGUUCAAGCUGCUGGACGAUGGCACCGAUUCGGCCACCCAGUGGGAGUUCUAGGGCGGGACCACGCCCCCUCCCACAAAGGGCUGCUGAACGCGUCAUCAGUAUCACAAUCACACACUUCCCAUCCAAGCGGGGAUUCCCUAAUUAUCGAUCCGCGCAACUGAAGCGCUGAGUAAAAGUCGCACAAGAAUUUGAGAUCCUAACCAGCAAUUGCAACAUUAACGAAAAAAAAGAAGGAAAACACGUUGAUAGACCCAAGGAGAUGCGAGUGAAUGAAAAAUGAAAACAACAAAAAAACUUAUAUAUUUAUAUAUAAAGAUCUACGUAUACAUAGAAAGAGAGAUUUUUUUUAAACAACCUAUUUAGCUUUUUAUACGUUUUAUACGAUGAGAAUAUCUACAAAACAAGAACAACAAAUUUUUUAGCGUAGACAACAAAAAACGAAACUUCUGUCGCGAGUCCUUCCGUUUUAUCAAAUAUAUCAGCAACUAGGCCAGCAAAAAUGAAGAAAGACAUAAUGGUUAUACAAGCACAUCAUAUAUACACCUAAAUAUACAUAUUCGAUUCGUAAAGCUUAGCGGAAAAAAAACCGGAAAAAGAUAAGGGAAAUAAGAGCAAGAAAAACAUAAAUAAAUGAAAAAAAA